AUGCACAUUGAAAAAAAGAAGGCAAACUCUACUGAAUUCGAAAAAAUCGCUGCAGCAGAUUCAGUGGCUGUUAUCCAAGGUAUUGGAGCAACCUUUAUGCAAAAUUUGAAGGUCACCAUCAAUGGAAAUGAAGUCUAUAAUUCUAACUGCCUGCAGUCGUAUAAGUCCUAUCUAGAAAUGCUCCUGAGUUAUCCUGAUGAUGCUAUGAGUUCGCAUAUGCAAAUGGUAGGAUGGUUUAGCGAAACUACAUUAGAUGACCCGAAGGAUAAUGGCUUUUUAAAACGAAAAAAAUUAAUGGCAGAUGGAAAACAGCAGUUUAUUACUAGAAUCUUCUCGGAUGUUUGUCAAAUACCCCAAUAUAUGGUUAAUCAUGUUAACAUGACUUUGGAGAUCCAACCUCAACGUGACAACUUUUGUCUCCAAGCCUAUGAUGAAGGAGAAUACCGUUUAGUAAUCGAUAGCAUCAAGUUGUAUGUCAAGACUAUUACACUUAAUGAUGGAGUAGCGGUUGGUUUUGCCAAUUCACUACUGAGAAACCCCGCAAUUUACCCUAUGAAGCGUACUGAAAUGAAGUCUUUCUACAUUGGUGCAGGAAGAUCCGAGACAAAUAUUUCUCUGUUCCAAGACCAGAUUCCUACCAAAGUAAUUCUAGGACUAGUUCCUCAUGCUAAUUUUCAAUCCAAUUCAAAGUUGUCUCCCUUCAAAUUUUCUAAUGGUGAUCUCCGUUCGGUAACCCUUUCUGCCAAUGGUCAACUACACCCCCACGUUGAUUUUGACAUGGACUUUAAAAAUAACAAAUAUCUCAAAGCCUAUCAUCAAUUGCAAGAAACCCUGAAUUACGCAUUCUCGAAGGAGUCAAAUACAAUCUGUCGGAGUAAAUUCAAAACUGAUUUUUGUCUGUUUGCCUUCAAUCUAACUUCAGACUUGGAAGAAGACGAGGAGUCGUUUGACUUGAUUAAAAAAGGAAGUACUACACUCAAUCUCAAGUUUAACUCGGUAGUGCCAGAAAAUGGUUAUGUGUUAAUCGUCUAUGCCCAAUUCCAAAAUCUUUUGUUAAUUGACAAUAUGAGAAAUGUCUCUACUGACAUUACAGCUUAA